AUCUAUUUUAGGAAAUGCAAGCCAUUCCCAAACUUAAAAUGUUUUGUUUCUCCUCCUCCCACCAAUCGUCACUGGAGUGCAUCCGACCGACCGACGCGCUUCCCGCCAUCAAACUCGGCGAGACGGGCUUCCCCCUUUGGCGCCAACUCCCCACCUUCCCUCCCCUCCACCUCCCCUUCUGUCGAAGGAACGCGGUGGGGCCCUCCUCCGCCUCCUCCGCCUCCUCCCAUGGCUUCGCUGAGCCCCGGCGUCCUCCUCCGCCUCCUCCAGGACAUAGACGCCCCCUCCAGCGGGACCUCGCCUCGCCGCCCUCUCCACGAGCCGCCCUCCGUCCUGCAGAUCACCGGCAUCGUCCCGGCCCUCUCUGGCCCCGACCUCCGCCCCGACCGGGGUUUCUACGUCAAGGUCUCCGAUGCCUCCCACUCCACCUUCGUCUCCCUCUCCCCCGACCUCAACGACCUCAUCCUCGCCGACCGCCUCCAGAUCGGCCAGCUCAUCAACACCCGGCGCCUCGAGCCCGCCUCCCCCGUCCCCGUCCUCCGUGACUUCCGCCUCCUCUCCGGCCGCCACCCCUGCAACCACGACACCGUCGACGUCGCUCACCCUUCCCCUGCCCCCAAGUCCUCCCCUGUCUUCCGCCCCACCGCCGCCACGCCCCCUGUCCCUCCACCGGAAAAGAAAAAGAGGCAUUCGAGGAGCCACUCCUUCGCCGACGACCGCCACCAGACCCUCAAUCUCAUCCUCACCUCCUCCCCCACCGCUUCCCCUUUACCGAGAUCCAUCAACAUGACCACCGGCCUCUCCGUCGACGACGAGAAUUACGAUUCCGACGACUCCAGAUUUUCCUUCACCUCCUCCUCCUCCUCAUCCCCCUCCUCCUCCUCGAAGUUCGUGCUCCGGCCGAGGAAAAGCUGGAACACCGGCGCCAAGCGUUGCAGCUUCACUUCGAGAAACACAGAGAAAUCUCUCAAUUUGCCUGCAAGUCCUACGAAACGCAAACUCCCUGAUUCAGAAACCUCCUCCAUAUCCAGUUCUUUGGGUUCUUCACAUCACGGCACGAAAUUCCUGAUCAAGCAGGGAAAGGAGGUCAUGAGGCAACGAGACACGGCUCUUCAGGCUGCCAUAGACUCAUUGCUGGAAGCCUCUGCCUCAGAGAAACUGAUCGAGUGCCUCAACUUGUACGCAGAGCUGCAAGUCGAUAAGGAUGGCGAUCCGCAGCGUGUCGUAAACAGCUUCUUGAACUUCCACCGGGAGCUGGCACAGAUGAGAUUGAUCGUGCAAUCUUUGUGGAAACCGAACGAAUCGUCCCAGGUUGCGUCAGAGAGGAAAAGCUGUGCCACCUUGUGGAUCAAAACAGCCAUUGAAUCGGAUCUCGCAAAACCCCCAACUCAAAUGAGCAAUGCAACUGAAGAUUCUCAAGUGGCCUCGAACUAUCCUUGCGUGCCAAGCUUCAAGCCAAGGAACAAUGCAUCAUCCAAGGCGGGCAACCUCUUGGUGGCCUCAAAUGCAUUGCAGUGCGAGUUCAACAGACGGUUCCUGCGGUAUCUCGAAAGAUUUCUCGAUUCUGUAAGUGGAUCGGGGUCUGACUCGUGCGAGGCCCAAGUAGCUGCACUUUUGUGCCAACUGAAGAGGGUGGAUGACUGGCUGAACAACAUCACCAGCAAGGGCUCAACUUGGCCAAGGGAUAAAGGGAGAGACAAGAUGUGGACGGAGGGUGAAGAAGUGGAGGCAUGCCGGCGAGUGAGGAGGAAGAUCUACGGCAUUCUUCUGCAGCAUGUCGAGAGUGCAGCCAUUGCGCUGGAGAGCAUGAGUGUGCCAGAUGAGGACUGAUUGCAUGGUUGAUUCCUUGAUUGAGUGCUUGGGAAGAUGAAUUGCUCAGGAAAGAGUCACUUCUUUGGGUUCAUGUUGUCAAUUCCCACUAUUUUCUGUAGGGGGGUCCUAAACACAAUUGAUUCCUUCUAUAAUUGUGUUAGCAUUAUGUUGUAAUUCUUGAUGAAGGCUAAAAUGCUUGUUGAUUGUAUGAGUUAGGGUUCCUUGUGCGAAAAUGG